GUGUGUGUGUGUGCGCGCGCCUAUAUGAAUGUGUAUCCCGUCCUCGAAGCCGUCCACAUCUUCUUUUUCCCCCGUCUCUCUCCCUUUCUCUCUCCCACACAUCCACCGAAUAAAUCAAAGUCGCCGGGAGAGACGGAGGGAAGAUGGCGGCCACUGACCGGUCGAGGUCCGAAGCCGCGAAGCAGCGGCGUCAGGAUCAGCUGCAGCGGUGGCAGGGCUCGGAGACGGACCUGACCGGCGCCGAGACGCGAAGUCGGGCUAUGAAGUCGGCCAAAGUGCGCUUCGCCCAGGGCGCCGUGUUCAUGGCCGCCUGCUCGGCCGGGGACCAGGACGAGGUAGCUGAGCUGCUGAGACAAGGAGCGGACAUCAACCAUGCAAACGUGGACGGACUCACGGCGCUGCACCAGGCCUGCAUCGACGAGAACGCAGAGAUGGUGCAGUUCCUCGUGGAGAGCGGUAGCGAUGUGAACCGAGGGGACAACGAGGGCUGGACGCCCCUCCAUGCAGCAGCAUCCUGUGGUUUCAUCCAGAUCACUAAGUACCUGAUCGAGCAUGGCGCACAGGUAGGAGCGGUGAACAGCGAGGGGGAACUUCCUUUGGAUGUGGCCACAGAUGACGCCAUGGAAAGGCUGCUGAAGGCAGAGAUCAAAAAACAGGGUGUGGACGUGGAGCAGGCGAGGAGAGAGGAGGAGCGAGUGAUGAUGCAGGACGCCACGGCCGCUUUGGCAGGGAGCGGAUCGCUGGUGCCGCAUCCCAACACUAAGGCCACGCCGCUGCACGUAGCCGCGGCGAAAGGCUACAUCGAAGUGCUCAAGGUGUUGCUGAAGUGCAAGUUGGACGUGGACAGUAGGGACAGUGACGGUUGGACAGCUUUGCACGCUGCCGCUCACUGGGGGCAGGAGGAAGCGUGCGGUCUCCUCGUGGAUCACAUGUGCGACAUGAACGCCGUCAGUAACGUGGGUCAAACUGCUCUCGAUGUUUCCGAUGAGAAUCUAGUGGAGAAGUUGGAGGAGCUGCAAAAGAAGCAGAACGCGAUGCGUACUGAGAAACAGAAGAUGCAGAUGCCCGUUAUUGAAACCAGUCCUCCCAUUUCUAUGGCACCAGUCCGUCCACGCAGGACGUCCAUCUCUCGUAUGAGCAGCAAGGAGAAGAUCACGUUGCACGAGAGAGAGAAGCACCCUCCGCCCGCCCUCCAGACUUCACCCACGGAGGAAGAAGAGGAGGAGCAGAACACCCAGAGCUGUCCAGGUGCACCGUCCAAAGCUUCCAGCAGCUCCAGUUCAGAGGAGGAGAGCGAAUCGGAGAGCGAUGCGGAAUCAGAAAAGGCCAAAACCAGGGAGCUGAUCAACAACUUGAACAACAAACGCAACAGUGCUGCUCCUAUAACGACCUCGAGCACGACCAGCAGCACGACCAGCAGCACGACCAACCAGGUUAAAAAGCCGGAGCCACCACGGCCUGCAGUAAGUGAGGCUCCGGGGUCGUGGAGGACGUCUCUGCGCAAAGCAGGCAGCUCGGUAACUCUGGGAACCUCAGGCGUGUCCGAAGCAGCUACAGAAAACCCAAAAGGUUCCGAGAACACCUCGGACAUCGGGAUGUCCCGCUCGGCCUCCAGCCCGAGGCUCAGCUCAGACACCGACACCAAGGAGCCCAGGUUAGCUCGAGUGCAGCCCACUCCGUCCAGACGCCUGUUCAGCGUCGGAGACAGCAACACCAGUAGCGCCUCAGACAACCCCAGCAGUUGGUUGAGCAGGAGCUCCUCAUACACACGACGGCUGAACAGCCAGUCAGGCAGUGAGCCGGCAGCACAGAACCCCUCUUUACCUCGCAGCUCAUCUUAUGGAAGGAAACUUGAUGACUCUACAGUGGCCUCCGUCACCACACAAGGAACAUCUGGACUCAGUCGCCUCAACAAUAUAGUGGCUCAGAGGUUAGCUCAGGAAGAGUCCGAGAAGAAGGAUCCUGUGUCCAUGACAACAUCCACGACGGGAGGCGAGCAGGAGAUAAAGCAGAGGCGGAGAUCAUAUCUGACCCCAGUACGCGAUGAGGAGGCUGAAGCUCAGAGGAAGGCUCGCUCCAGGCAUGCACGUCAGUCCAGACGCUCCACUCAGGGUGUUACACUUACCGACCUCCAGGAAGCAGAGAAGACAAUAAAGACGGAAAACAAGACGAAAGACAGGACUAAGGAGGAAGAGGAAAAAGAAGCGAAGCAGAAGAAAGGAGAGGAAGGGGAGGUGAGUUGGAGGUCUCGUAUCGCAAACCUGCAGAAGUCGGACCUGCUGGGACUCACUCACCCUCCUGGUGCACCUCGUCCUGCUGACAGGAAAGAUGCCGAGGACAGCCUAGCUGAAAUUGAGGAACGAGCGAGGGAGAGGAGGAGAGCGCGAGCUCGGAGGAGAGAACGUGCCGGAGAGAGUGAAGAUAACGAGCCCAACGCAAAGGACGAGAGCAGCGGUGGGCCGGACCCACAGACGCACAGAUAUCCAAGUAGCAGGUAUAAUCCAUCCCUCAACGAUUGUCUCGUGGCCGGUGGAUCAGACGUCAAAGAUUAUAAAAGGUUGUUUGAGAAGUUGUCUAGAGAGAACACUCAGCUGCAGGCUCAACUACAGGACACGCUGAGGAACGUGUCCAUGACUCGAAUGGAGCUGGAGAAGGCGAACCAGAGACAGGAGAGGUUCAGCGACUGCACCGCUCUUUUGGAGAUGGAGAAGAAGGAGAAAGUGAUGUUGGAGAGACGUGCAGCCGAGCUAGAGGAAGAGCUGAAAGUAAGAACAUACGUUCCAAUUGAUUUGCUAUCGCUUUUCUCCACGCGGUCCUGUCACACGUGUGUGUGUGUGUAUGUGUGUGUUUGUCCUCGUAGGUUUUGGGGGAUCUAAAAGCGGACAACCAGCGGCUGAAGGACGAAAACGGAGCGCUCAUCCGAGUGAUCAGCAAGCUCUCGAAAUAGACAAAGAGAAAAGGCGAACGAAAGUAAACCAACGAGAGGAUGAACAGAAGAUAGACCGAGGCUCAAAAAGAGAGAGCGGGAGAGAGAGAGACACAAUCCACCCCUUCCCCCUUCCUCACAUCCUGUGCCAAAGAAUUAGUCGUGUGUGAGAACGAAGAAAAUGAUCAGAGCACAUCACUUUUUUUAUUUUUAUAUGCGCACCGUUUAAACUGCAUAGUGACCUGAUCCCUACCUGUGUGUGUGUGUGUGUGUGUGUGUGUGUGUGUGUGUGUGUGUGUGUGUGUAUAUAUCUAUAUAUGUUUGUGUGUGUGUGUGUCUGCGCUUGAAUAUGCACAUCCACUAUGAACUCUAUUCGCCCCAUAUGUUCUGAAGAAGAGUCGGAAAUGAUGUAUGCACACAAUUGGCAGGAUUUCUCUCACACACACACACACACACACACACACACACACACACACACACACACACACACACACAAAAAUGAGGCGUACACAACAUUCACUUGAGUGCCACACAUUCCACACCUCUCAGGCUCCUUCAGGUCUGCGGUAAUUUUGCACUUUUGCAUACACUUUUUACACACACACCAUAUGAGUUGCCAAUUCUAUGACCACGUUGUUACCCAGUAUCGGCUGAAUGUACAGCCACACAGCACUACGAUCAGUAACGAGAGCAGUACACUUUCACACCCACAUGCAGGCAGUGUCAUCGGUGCAAGCCCACUCGUGCACAAGCCUCUGUUAACGCUAUGCAUUGUAUUUUGUUUUCCACGUUAUCGAUAUAGAGGCGAAGAAUAUCGUUUUCAUGUGUUUCCGUUUUCACGUCGGUUUCCUCGCCCCUGUUGUUCGGUCGACGAGGACGGUAACUUUGUUUAUUAUAUAAAUGGACAUCUAUUAUUCCCUUAAAAUAAUAAUAAUGCCGUCAAAAGUAACGUGAUACCCAUGUGUUUUUAAUAUAUCUAUAAAACGAAUUUCAGCACUUAAUAAAUGGUUGUGUGCAUUUGUA